AUUGAAUUUGAUCCAAGGAUUGAUCCAGAUUGAUUCGUAUCACGUGCGGGAUCAUACUGAUACAAAUUUGAUCGAGUCGGUCCAGUGCUCGAGGCCUCGAGGUGCUGGAGGCCAAUGCAGAGCAACUACGCUGUCAGGGACAGCAUGUCGGAGAGCAAUUCUCUGCUGAUAAUGAAGAAAGAGAUUAAGGUGGAGCUUCCCUCGCCAAGGGCUGAGCGGCCGUCGUCUCCGUCGAUGUCGGACGACGAUCCGUUGUCGGACCGAGCUGUGCGGUCUCUAGUGAAGGAGGAGAAGGUCAGGUCGCCGUCGCCGUCGCCGCCGGAGGAGGAGAUGGUCAGGUCUCGGUCGCCGUCACCGUCGGAGGACUUCAUCGGGUUCACUGAGGUGGACCGUGACAGUGCUCAUUUCGCCUCCAUUGCAAAAACAACUAUGCUGUUGGGGCGCGUGCCGGACUCUCAGGACAUAAAACAAAUAUUUUCCGAAGGAGGUUUUGGCAGAGGUCAGAGCCUCGCUAUAAACUACCGACAAGUGGACGGUCUUGAUGAUGAUAACAUAUUUUGUGAAGUGUGCUGCCGUGAGUGGGAAGGAGACUGUCCGGUCCAUGGACCGCUGAAGGUCAUACCAGAUACCAAGGCCCGACCGGGUAUUGGUGAUCCUGAAAGGGACCUCAAGACUAUACCUCAGUCUCUCAGCUCGGGUUUGUCAAGAAUUCCCGGAUCUAACACCGGAGUAUGGACUGAAAGGGACGUUCCGGCUCGAGUACGAUUCGGUCCCUACGAUGGCACGAUUACCACCGGCCAGCGUCAGGCCAAAACCACGGGAUACAGUUGGGAGAUCAUGAAAGGUCCCAGCGUGCAUCACUCAGUCAACGCCGAGGACUCCAGCUGCAGCAACUGGCUGAGAAGAGUCAACUGUGCCCGCUCUGAGGAAGAACAAAAUCUAACUGCCUUCCAGCACAAGGGUCUCGUUUACUUCAGGACGUCGAAGCCCAUCCCGCGGGGCUCAGAGCUUCUGGUGUACUACGGAGACGACUCGGCCCGGGAGCUGACCGUCCACUCUGAGACGUCUGGGGAGUCUGUGACUUCCUCUCCGGCCGGACCGUCAUCCUCAGGUAUUAGAGGACGUAAACGUUAAGCAGCUAGUGUCGGUUCCGACACGCCCCGUGUCGGGGACGGCGCUCGACCACGUCAUCGUCCGAGCAUCAGACGCUGUUACGACAGCGACCGUCGUUCCAUGCAGCUGGAGCGACCACGACAUCGUCAUCGCCGAGACACCACUCACAAAGGAGCGCCGACGACCGGCCGAGAUCACCGUGCGAUCUACCCGAUCUCUCGUGCCGGACUCGCUGUGUAUGGAGCUGCUCCUGUCAGACUGGGACGCGGUGUACAGCGCGGCCGAGCCGGCGGCUAAGUGGCAGGCCUGGCUGGCGGUGUGGACGCCCGUGCUCGACCGUCACAUGCCAGUCGUCACCAUCAGGCCGCGGCACCCACCCUGCCCCUGGCUAACCGAUAAUGAGGAGGUGCGUGCACUGAUGCGGGAGAGGGACCUGGCCCGCGCAGCACAGCGGGACAACCCGACACCGGAGACGACGGGCGACUACAGGCGGUGCCGUAACGGCGUAAAGCAGGCUAUCGGCCGCGCUAAAGCCAACUUCUUCGCCUCAUCGUACCGCUACGCACGCAAAACGACAUGGAAAGAUAUCCGCCGGUUUCUGAUCGCGCCGAAGGGAGGACUGACGCCUACUGACGCGGCGGGGGUCGAGGCCGGCUGGGCCGACAGACUGAAUGGAUAUUUCGCGUCUGUGGGGCCGAGAGUCGCGGCGGAGUUAGAGGCGACCCAGCGCGACUCGGAGCCCCUCCCCCCGCGCCCGCCGCGCGUGGUGGCCGGUGCCUACCGGGUGAGACCAGCCACGCUGCCGGAACUCUCCGCGGCGCUGGGCAGGAUGUCGUCGUCGAAGGCAUGUGGAGAGGACGGAGUGACUAUCGGCAUGUUACGCAUGACUUGGUCUGUGAUCGCACCACAUGUACUCGAGGUUGUGAACGCGUCACUUGUGUCGGGUGUACUACCAGGAGAAUGGAAGCGUGCCACAGUUGUCCCCAUCCAUAAGUCCGGGAGCACUUCGGAACCUAACAACUACCGGCCUGUGUCUAUUCUUCCGGUGGUAGCAAAAUUAGUAGAAAGUGUCGUCAGCUCCCAGCUAUUGGAGUAUUUGAUAGCACACUCGGUUCUCACUGAUGUUCAGCAUGGUUUUCGGCCGGGGCGCAGCACAGAGUCAGCGAUGCUGGACACGGUAGGAUACCUCAUGGACGGCAUGGAUAAGGGAUAUAUAGGGUGCCUAACAACAGCUGACACAUCAAAAGCUUUUGAUAGUGUGCAACAUUCCAGACUGCUAGAGAAACUUGCCUGGUAUGGCAUUCAGGACCACUGGUUCAGUAACUGGCUUGAAAAUCGUUUUCAGAGGACUAGGGGAGGGGAAACACUGCUAGAAAUCACUCAUGGGGUAAUCCAGGGAUCAUUAAUCGGGCCAAUCUUGUUUUUAAUUUUUACAAACGAUUUACCGUCAUACCUUGAGGAUAGCAAAAUUGUAAUGUACGCCGACGACGUGCAGUUUCUCCAUCAGGGUCAACCGCGUCACAUUUUGGAUCUCCAGCAGAGAGUGGAACACACGGUCAACACAGCUCACCGAUGGUUCACUGCAAACAGCCUAAAAAUUAAUCCUACAAAAACAGAUCUGGUGUUAAUUAAGUCCAAAAGGCGUCAACUGAACCAUAACUUCACGAUCAAUUUCGGCAAUGCUGAAAUUCCUCUGUCACCCGCUGUCAAAGUUCUCGGUAUGACACUGGACAGUAAUCUGUCAUUUGACGCUCAGGUGUCAACCGUUAUUCGUCGCUGUUAUGCUACCAUGGGAGGUCUCGCAAAAUUGGCGCGGUCUCUCCCGGAGGAGGUGAAGAAAAUGAUAAUCGAAUCUUUAGUUUUUCCCCAUUUAGUUUAUUGCAUGUCAGUCUGGGCCGGAUGUGGGACAACUCAGAGGCAGCGUAUUCAAAAGGUUAUCAACCACUGUGCGCAGAUAGUGAAGGGUGUUCCGCGAUCUGCCCAUGUAUCGGCGAUACUGAGUGAAUUGAGCUGGCCGAACGUGGAUGUUUUGGUGGCUGAGCGUGACAUGGCCAUGAUGCACAGCAUACUGUAUAACGACCAAGCGCCGGCCAGUCUGCGUGAGCGCGUUGUGUAUCGCGACACUGUGUCAGUGCGAGACACGAGAGCGACCGAUGCCGGUCAGCUGCAGUUGCCGCGAGUCCGCACCGAGCACGCUCGGAAGUUUUUCAACUCCCGAGCCGCGGCACAGUGGAACAGCGCGCCCGCAGAGAUCAGGGAAGCUAGCACCGCCGCAAAGUGUCGCAGAAUGGCUAGAGAUCAUUUUACUAGAACCGAUUAGAUGGUGAGCAUGAUAUGUGAUAGCGCUCUUUUAAAGGUGUAUAUAUUUUUUUAGAGUUUUUAAUGUCGCUUUGUUUUAACUCGACCAUGUUUUAACUAUACAUAGUUCAAUCGUCUGUGUUCCUGUGUACUGACGCAAAGACGUAAGAGCCACGGUGAGUGGAAGUCUUUAAGAAAUAAAUGAUGAAUGAUGAUGAUGAUGAACC